UUGUUCAAGCUUUACCAGUUUUCCAUGAACACUCAAGGAGCCUCAUCGUCAUCAUCACCACCUUCUUCUUUAAUACCUCGGUGGAAAUAUGAUGUGUUCCUCAGUUUCAGAGGCAUGGACACCCGCUAUAGUUUUGCAGACCAUCUGUAUGCUGCUUUGAUAAGGAAGGGCAUUUUCACCUCUAGAGACGAUGAAAAACUUGAAAGAGGAAAAUCCAUUUCCCCAGAACUCUUGAAAGCAAUUGAAGAAUCGAGAUUUGCUGUUGUCAUUCUAUCAAGAAACUAUGCAUCCUCGACAUGGUGUUUGGAUGAGCUUGCAAGGAUUGUCAAAUGCAGGGAAGACAUGGGACUGAUAGUUCUGCCAGUUUUUUACUUUGUAAGUCCACCUGAUGUACGGAAUCAGAGGGGAACUUUUGAACAAGCCUUUGCAAAACACAAAGCAGAUAACAUACAGGAGGUAGAAUCAUGGAAGAAUGCUUUGAGAGAAGUGGCAAAUCUCUCCGGUUGGCAUUUACAGGAGAGGAAAUAUGAGUCAGAAGCUAUCCGAUAUAUUGUGGAUAAUAUUCUACAGAGAUCGAGGUCAAAAUUCUCAAUCAUUACCAAAGACUUGGUAGGAAUAGAUUCUCCAAUGGAGGAAUUGAUCACUCCAUAUUUAGGUCUCGGGAACAGUGUUUGCAUGAUAGGGAUUUGUGGCAUGGGGGGGCUGGGAAAGUCAACUCUUGCUAGAGUGAUUUAUGAAACAAAAUGUAACCAUUUUGAAGGUUCUAGCUUUAUUGCUAAUAUUAAGGAAGUUUCAGAAAAGCAUGGUUUGGCUCGAUUACAAAAGCAGCUUCUUGCACAAAUUUUGGAGGAAAGCAAUAUAGAUGUAUGGGAUGUUUAUGAUGGAGCUAACAUGAUCAAGAGUAGACUACGUCAUAAAAAAGUUCUACUUGUUCUAGAUAAUGUUAAUCAAUUGGACCAAUUAGAAUUAUUGGCUGGAGAUCAUUGCUGGUUUGGACUGGGAAGUUGGAUCAUCAUUACAACUAGAGAUGAACAUUUGUUGGUCCAACAUGGAGUGCAUAAUAUAUAUAAGCCUAACACUUUAAAUGAUGAUGAUGCUCUGAAACUUUUUUGUUUGAAAGCCUUCAAAAAUGGGAAACCCGAAGGAGAUCAAAUGCAGCUCUCCCAGGAUGUUGUAUACUAUGCUAAUGGUCUUCCAUUAGCUCUCGUAACUUUGGGAUCCUUUAUGGUUGAAAGAACAGUGGACGAGUGGCAAAGUGCAGUGAAGAAUUUGAAAAAAAAUCCCGAAAGAAAAAUAUUUGAUACACUUAAAGUAAGUUACGAUGGACUAAAGGAAAUGUGGAAGGUGAUAUUCCUAGAUGUUGCGUGUUUCUUUAGAGGGAAGAUGAAAGAUCGAGUAAUAGAGAUAUUAGAGAAUUGUGGUUUUGACGCAACAAUUGGUAUAAGAGUUCUCACGGAUAAAUCUCUUAUAACUAUAGAAAACAACAAAUUGUGGAUGCAUGAUCUAUUACAAGAAAUGGGCUGGGAAAUUGUCCGUCAAGAAUCAAUUGAAGAACCAGGGAGGCGCAGUAGAUUGUGGCUUCGUGAGGAUUUGUUGCAUGUAUUGAUGAACAAUACGGCAACAAAAGCAAUUCAAGCCAUAGUCCUAGACUCAUUUGAAGGGGAUGAAGCAUGCAGGAAACUUGAAGCCUGUCCUGAAGCUUUUUCAAAGAUGUGUAAUCUUAGAUUGCUUAUAAUCGAUAAUGUGCACAUCCCAAAUGGCCUCAAUCAUCUUUCUAAUAACUUAAGAUUUCUUGAAUGGCAUGGGUAUUCUUCAAAAUGUUUGCCAUCCAGUUUUCAAUCAGAAGAGCUUGUUGAACUUAAAAUGUGGUUUAGCAAAAUUGAAUAUCUAUGGAAAGGUGUAAAGUACUUAAACAACUUAAAACUCAUUGAUCUUGAACUAUCCAAAAACCUUAUUAGAACACCUGACUUCACAGGGGUUCCGAGACUUGAGAGACUAUGUCUUAGAGGUUGCAUAAAUUUGGUUGAGAUCGACCCAUCUAUUGGACAACUCAGUAGGCUUACAGUUCUAAAUUUGGAAUUCUGCCGAUCUCUUACCAACCUUCCUAGCAACAUGGAUAGUUUAAGAUCUCUUGAAAUACUCAUUCUUUUGGGAUGUUCAAAACUUGCCUACCUGCCAGAGAACUUAGGGAAAACCGAACAUUUGAGGGAACUUGAUUUGACUGGAACUGCUAUUAGAGAAGUUCCCACUUCCAUUAGUUUCUUGAUAUGUCGUGGAUGUGAAAAGCAAUUUUUUAAGUCAAGGCUUGAUAGUGUUUUCUGCGCUCGCUCUUUAAAAUAUUUAUCACUAUCUACAAACAAGCUUGUCUUUGCCCUACCUGCAAGCAUCAGUCAACUUCAGAAAUUGGAAGUUCUUAAUUUGAGCAACUGCAUUCAACUUCACUCAUUGCCAAAGUUUCCAUCAAAUGUGAGACACAUAAAUGCUGAAGGUUGUUCUUCCCUAGAACCAUCACCAGCACUUCUCAGUACGAGCAAUUUGUUACAACCAUUUAUUUCAUUUUUUAAUUGCUUCAAGUUAGUUGAAUAUAAUGAGGACAUUGAUGGUCUGGCAUUUGCAAUACUGAAACAUUACCUAAAGGGACUCAUGUACCCAAAAAUUGGAUAUAAAACUUCUGACAAAAGGAAAGAUAGAUCUGGAGAUGCAUUCAACAUCAUUAUUCCUGGGUUUGAAGUUCCACCAUGGUUAACUCAUCAAAGGUUUGGGUAUUCAAUAAGCAUAGAGCUGCCGCCAAAUUGGUGUAAUAGCAGGUGGAUGGGAUUUGCUUUGUGUGCAUUUUUCAGAAUAAAUCGUUCUUGCUAUUCAAGUGAAAGAUAUAGUCUUAAAGGUCAUGUGAUAGCUCUUGGUGAUAUGCCUCAUGGCCCUCACCGUACUUUUGAAGUUGUCAUUGGGGAGACAUCCUUUAAGUAUAGUGUGGGUCAUCUUUGGCUAUUGUAUUUGUCUCGUGAUGAUUGGCCAGCUACAGGUUGGAAUUAUCAAUGCAGUCGGAUUAAGGUUGUAUUUGACACCAAUAGCCCAAGAGUGGAGGUGAUCAAAUGUGCAGUCCGUUUGAUAUAUGAGCAAGAUGUGGAAGAGUUCAACUUAACAAUUGCACAAUGCAGCAGUAGCUGCAUCAAUACUUCUGACGGUUGGGAUUGUGUCCACCAUGAAUUUGAAAAUUCAGCAGUAGUAAAGGCUACCAAAUUUAAGGCAACCUAUGAUGACAAUAGGGAGGCAGAACCUAGUGCAAGUCGGAGCUUUCCUGAGGAAACUGAAGGAGGCACAUCCUGAUCAUGACCAGUAUUUGAAUAAAAAGAUUGAGAUGUAUGAUGAGAUGGCUUUGCUUUUUGGUAAAGACACAACAAGAUGGAGUUCUGCAAAGUCUUUUAGUGAUAUUGAUUCAGAAAAAAGGAUUGUUGACUUGGAGUCCAAUUGUAAGGACAUUAUUGAUUUUGAGAAGGCGUCAAAAGGGAAACAAGUUAGUUCUUCAAAGACAGCUUUCUCUCAAGCAAGGUCUCAUAGAAAAAGGAGUCGUGCUAAUGUCAACCAAGAUGCUAAUAAUGAUAAGUUUUCCAAACAACUUGGAAAGAUUGAGUUAGCAAUAAAAAAACUCAAAAAAGAUCAACUUGAUGUGAAUGAGCUUUAUGAAGAAGUUAUGAAAAUAAAAAGGUUUGACAAAGUUAUGCUUGAAUCUGCUCUUGACUAUUUGGUAAUUAAUGAAAGGCUAGGAAGGGCAUUCAUGGCCAAAAACACUAGACUACGAACGUUGUGGUUAGAGAGUUUCUUUAACAAAAAUGGUGGAUAUGGGAAUUAGAUAGUAAUGUUUUAAAUUUGUACAAGGAUCUGAACUAAUAAAUCUUACAGAGUAUUAGAAUGAUGGAAAUGUAAGAUGGUUAAACAUUGAUGAUUGAUUUUGGCUAUA